AUUUCGAUUGAUUUUUGUGUUUGUUUGUUGCCUUUUCGUUUGCGGAAAAUAAGCAUCUAACAAUUAAAUUCACAAUUAUGUCCUCAGCCUGUGGUUGAAAUACAUGCAAUCAUGAAUGUGUUAGAAAAAGCCGAAAAGGCUUUGGAAUAUUUAAAACACAAUGAAGGAAUUGCGAAAGGUCAUGAGCUUCAAACGGCAGCAGGGACUCUCGGCCGUUGUUUAGGAGCACUAGGAAGUCGGCAAAACUGCGCUAGACACUACGCUAAUUUGUUACAUACAGCCUUGCCUACCCUUCUUACUUUAGCUAGUAAUGAAAGUGCUGAAGUCAGAUUACUGGGAGACGAAGCUCUGAAUAGAGCUGUAGCUGGUGGUUUUGCUUUUCAUUCUUAUAAAACAAAUAUUAUACUGCAAAAUCAAAUAGAUGCUACGAAAAGUGCACGAUGGAUAAAAGCCGCAUUAUCUCGUAUUUGCCUCGGCGAUUGUUGGCUUCGACCGGGUAUUGGCAAGAUUCGCUCUCAAGCCCAGACAUUGUUCCCAAAACUCACCCAAAUAGUGCGAACAGGGGAAGUAAAUCUCAUAGUGGAAGCCUUAGAGCAUAAUCUGCCAAGGAUACUGAAGGCUUUAGCGGAGUACACGACGGAUGAAGAGAUCUUUGAUCUAUCCAAAGCUUUACUUUCUCACAUCGAGAAUGUCGAACCAGCUUUGAGACGCGGCAUAUCAAACUGUGUAGCCAAUUUGUGUUCACACAGAGAAUUACUGCUAACAAACGUGCUCGGAAUGAUGUAUGAGAGGUUGUGGCCGUUAACACAGAAUGGCUGUGCGGUGAUCGGCUGGUUCUGUGUAAUCAAAGCCAUAUUCCAGAUAAAUGACGUCGAUAAGUUUAAAGAAAAUGAUUUGUUUGGUGUUCAGGACUAUUUGGAGUUGUAUCAACUGAUAAUAAACUAUAUAGAAGUAUCGACUGAACAUAACGCCCAGAACACACUAUUGGAGUGUUUGGCCGUACUUUUGUCACAAGCUAAAGAUGAAUAUAGGAUUGCUUUGUUAGAAAAACACCCCCACGCCAUAUGCCUUGAUGAUAGACAGAGCGUUAAAGGACAUAAGAGGAAUAUGAGUUAUUCAAGUGCUAUAUCAUCAGUUACUAUACCAAGUAUGGUGUUAGAGGGAAGAGAGUCUGAGAUAUGUUUCACUGGAGCUCUACAGUUAGGAAGUGUUAUGAGAAUUGAUGAACUAACGGCCAGUACUGACGAACUACCCAUACAGACACCAGAUUCUCCCGUCACUGAAUCCGACCUGGAGGCGUCGGAUACAGAGCAGCUGUCGCGAGAGGUGUCCGAAAAGCUCAAGGAUUACGAGGAGUAUGGAGAAGACAUCAGAGAUAGUGGGCUUAAGAUAAACAUCGGUUCAUCGGAUGAGGAUGACGUCCGACUGAGAUACUGUUCGCGUCUGCUGGCAUCAAAGUUCCUUCUCACUGGACAUAAAGGAGAUUUCAUAUCUGACAGAUUGGUUCGCGUGUCUGUGAAGUCAUCGGCUCUGUCUUGUUUGUCAGUCAUUUCGUCUCUCUACCCUCAAGCCUUGACUUUAUAUCUGGAUAAAGAAGAAGAUGUUAGAUUUCAGAAUUAUUCUGGUACAUCGGAGGGUACGGAGACGAAUCCGGACCAAAUAAACGAAUACAUCCUGGAGCGUAACGUCUGUUACCAGGAUUCCAUAACGGAGUCGCUCAGUCAGGAACUACUGAACCGCAGCACCGAGAGUCAGAUAUUCAAAAAGGAUAAAUCUUCGGAUAAAUCGUCGGAUAAAUCGCUGGAAAGUGAUAUGAAGAGUUCAAAAGAUGUGCACAGUGCUAUACUAGAUAGUAGAGCUAACCUGAUGGCUGAAAGUACCAAUCCCAAUAUGACGAACAGCAACUUCACGUCCAACUCGAACAUGACCAGCAGCAUAGACCAUGUGUCGACCGGAUAUCCGAUGUCCAGCAGCGGGGACGUGCUGACCUCCAGCGCAGACCUGGAUAUGAAAUUUGAUCAUUUCGGUGAAUCUAUAACAGCUCUGGAAGACGUUUUUCAUGAGAAAACUGUGACUGUUAAAGAAAUUGACAAAGACAAAGUCGAUAAGGACUGUUUUAAACAUCAGCUUUUAUUUGAUAUAUUUUCUUUGGAGGGUCACAGUGACCCUCAAAUACGUGGUAUUGUUAGGGUCUGUAUGGGUAAUUAUUUGUGUGCUGCCCUAGAGUCGGCCCACGGUGAUUAUAACAGGUGGAAAUGUUACAGUCAACUGCCUAAAGAUGUUAGUGAGGACAUUAGUGUUGAGAAACUCAUGGAAACUAUAUUGAAGGGUGUUCAUGAUGAGAUUCACUCAACAGUGAAUCACACUCUAUCCGCCUUGGGUCGGCUGUGUAAUGUUCUAUGUCACAGCGUUCACUGGUCACUCAUAACUGACUCACUCAAUUCACUCAUAACAGCCCAGUACAAUACAUACUGGUUAUGUAGAGUGAAUCUCGCCAAGUUAUACGAGAAGCUGCCGUAUGAAAGACUCUUCACGCUGCAUCCUGAAUAUUAUUCAAGGAUCCAACUUAUAAUGGAUGCAUUGUUUCACCUGUGUGGCGAUCAAGAUCAGAAAGUAAGGACGGCGGCUGCUCAGGCCAUAGCUAAGAUAAUACCUAAAGCGUAUCCAUCACGUAAAUCCACUCCGAUAUCAGUGAUGGCCGAAAUAUCGAAGCGGCAGAGCAAAGUAUUCACGUUCGACUCGAACAGACUGUCAUUGGAGCUCGUACGUGAUAUAUAUUUCUAUAACGAUCUCCCGGAACAGUUGAAAGAUGGCGCCACCGUCACCAACAGAGACAGCCUGAAGAUGUUCCUGGGGGAUUUAAUGGGAAAACUAAUGGCUUCCAAUAGUAAAUAUUAUACGCAAGGUCUGAUAGAAGUUCUUCAAGCCGUAUGCCUUAAAUGGUCUCCGUGGAAGCAUAUAGAGUCGUUUACCGGCCAAGGGAUUCUGGACUAUUGUGUGGAUGACCUAGACUAUUGCAAUAGCUCAGUAGUUGUGAGGACUAUGUUAAUGGAUAUAUGCCGUUUGGUGUAUCCAGUCGAAAUCCACAAUGUAAUGCGCCAUAAGACAGCGAAUAGGGAUAUAUUUGAAAGGGACACUCAAGUUAAGGAGAAAUGGCAACAUCUGUAUCAAGACUUUGAGGGUACAGAGUAUACAAAAAUCGACAAUAGGGUUGCCAAUAUAGCAGAAAAAUUUCUACAAGUGACAUUGAAAAUGUUAAAUGUUUUGGUACAUUUGAUAGAGGAGAUCAACCCUAAUAUACAUCUGAAUAAGAGCGGUAUUGCGUUGCCCGGAAGCCCUGUGAGGAGGAAAACUCAAGAAUCAAUACCAAGAAAGAGUAGUUUGACUGAAGAAGACAAAAAAAAGCGACCUCUACCCGCUGCAAGCUUGAAGGCUAACUUUAGUGGACACUUCUUUAAUGAACCGUUUUAUAUGAGGCUGUAUGAGAACUUGAGAGCUACGUACUCCAAUCAUAAGAUCAAUCUAGAUCCGAAAAGCAGUAUAUUUUAUGCGUUUCUGUCCACAACACUGGACUGUCUAUCCAUUCAACUGGAACUGGCCACUGAGAAGGAGUUCGGUCAUGUCACAGAGGAAAUAUUAUUCUAUCUGAAAGUUAUAAUGCCGCUGUGUCCGAACAAGACCGUGCAUUGUAUAACGCAACUGUUGAAGUGUCUCUUCGCCACGAAUAUGAUCAAUCAGUACAACGACUUCAUGAGCAUAGCGGACAAAGUUCUAGAAGAUUCUACGAGUUUCUACGAGCAUGUCAUGCUGGUGAGCGCUAUAGACGACGACAGAAGCAGCGUCAGCUCCAACUGCAGCCAGAUGUUGGAAGUCAGGAACACGAGGAUGCUGGAUGAGAGGAAAAUGCUCAUGAAUUUGGAGAAUUUUGCCAAAAACCGCACGGACAGGAAGUGGAGCACCAACAAGAAGGAACUAGAGAGAUAUAUAAGACUGUUCGAACCUGUCGUCAUACAGUCACUAAAGGCCUACACCAUGCAGAACGACAUACCCCUACAAUGUUCGGUGCUAUACCUCCUCUGCGCGUUGCUGUCACUGCGCGUGAACUACUGUAUGCUGGACAGCGACCAGGUGUUCAUAGGAUAUCUCAUGAAGCAGCUGGAUAACAUCGAACAGCAUGAGAUACCGAACUGUUGUCAGCUGGUCAACAGUAUAAUGCUAUUCCUGGUACAACUGUCGUCGUCCAAGCACAACACGAAACAGAUCAUUGAGAUCCCAAAGCUGCUUCAGCUAUGUGAUGGUUUGUUAGCGGCUGGGGCUCAGGACGAGUGUGUGAGUGGCCUGGCGCCUGUAGCAGCGAGAGUGUUCAGCAACAUGGCCGGAGUGAGUGUACUGGGUCGAGCUCAACAGCAAGAGCUCCAGGCGACUAAGGAGGUUCUAUUCUAUAUGUUACAGAAGACGAUGCAUUUACCUCAAGUCCUGAGUCUAGUAUCGACUGUUCUAUCUCUUUCCCAAGAACAUCCGGAGAGCUACUAUCGCUGGUCGGAACUAGCCAGCGACUCAUUGCUCAAUUUGCUCAGCGAGCGUACAGUUGGUGACUCAUUUUGCUCAGUGGAAUCUAUAGAAAUGCUAUUGGAAUGUGUCUACAGAGACGUAUUGUUGGAACAGUCGAGGGUUGAGAUUGUACUGAAGAUAUUGUUCAAGUGUCCGCCAGAUAAGGAAACGUCACCAAAGAAUCUGAAGAUCAGAUAUCUGUCUAUAAUAAUGAUACUAUUACGGAAAGUGCUGAUACUGAUACCGGAAACAGAAAUACUAUUGUCAAUAAACUAUCUUAAAUCGACAUGCAUUUCACCCCAGUCUAUAUUUUUCAAUGUUAAACAGAACGUGGACCCUUUGAAUGUUCAGAAUGUUAACGAAAACUGCGCGAACCUUUCGCCGGAUGUUAUAUUAGUGAGGUUUUUGUUCAAAACGUUGACUUAUGCUAUAAUGGAAAUGGAUGGGUUCCAAGCUAAUUCAGACUUUAUUACGAACCAAGAUAAGGAUGAAAAUACGUUGUUGUAUUCUGUAUGCGUGAAUAUAAUAGUUCAAGCAAAAAACAUGCUACACUUGACCCCCGGCUGUAUGUUCCCUCUAACAGCAAAAACAGCUCAAACAAUCCUGCACAACGAACAGAGCGGCCUCAACACCGGCUUGUACAGUCCCGAAGAAAACAUACCGCUGGAUGCACUGAAUGUUAUAUGUCUGAAGCUAGCUCACUCGUUGCCAUUGCUGGCUGUGCACUGGUCGCAUCUGUUGAUACGCCUUAACUUCUUGUCACACAAGUACUGGCACAAGCUGAUAGGCUCCGCUCUCAUGACCCCCAGCCCUCACGGAUGUGACUCCAGCGUGAUGAAGGUUGACUUGUUACAGACGGCCUGUGUUAUGGCUUAUUGUGAAUAUUUUCUGGAUAAUGGUUUCAACGAGGCCGUUCACCUGUCCUGGCUGUUAGUGAACAGAAUACAUAUCCUCAUAUCACAGUACAAGGAACGCGUCGUACAUUCUCUUAUACAGCGUGUUCAGAUAACCCCUGGAGCUUCUGGGUUGUUGCUGCAAGCUGUGGCCGCCAGGUGUCAAGGAUGUCUUAAGGACGAGUUCGCUUUAAACACGUACAAAAUACUAUCACUCUCGCACGAGAGUCAAUCCGGCGCAUUAGUGUUCCUGAUAUGUCGCAUCAUUGGAAAGUUGGACCCGUCCAUAGCUGCGAGAUUCGCAAAGCUAGCUAUAGAUAGAUGUAAGGCUUUGAAGGAUUUGCCCUCUGACGUCAUCAACGCUCAACUAUCAAAGGAGGAUGUACAAGUUGCUUUGGAGCUGUUACAAAGAGACAAAGUACAUAUACGGUAUCCAAAGCUAGUGAUGUCUUUGAACUCGCUGGCUUCAUCAGCCUUGGAUCUCUCGCCGCUGGAUCUGUCCCAGGAACGUGAUAUAAAUCCUCAUUACAUACAUACAACUACACCCGACGACGCGUGGCUUAUCAACCAAAUAAAGAGCAGAUGUUGUCAGUCGGAUUGUAAAAUGCCUAAAGUACCAAAAUAUAAAGAUCUCGCAAACCUGUUGAAGAAUUUAUCACUAGAAGAUGUGACGACUGUGAUGUCCUACUCCGAAUUCGAUAGGAAGAUAUUGAGUAUGUGCUUCAAGAUAUCAUGUGAAGAUUUUACAAGGGAUUUCUUGAAUGCCACAUCGGCGCAGGAGUUGAGAGAGAUGGAGAUGGAGUCGUUGAAAGAGGAGAAAGGGAAUAGAUUUAAAGAUGAAAUGUCGUCCUCGAUAGACAGCAAUAAACUCAGCGUGGUCAACACGAACGUGUUCAAGAGAAACGAUAAUAAGGAAUCAAAAUCACAAUUCUUCAUACCGAUAGUGGAUGACGUCGCCGAGAAGUUUGGUAACCUAGAGAUAUGCGAGGAGGAAAUGGAGAUUGUUGUGCCGGACAUGCCUAAGCUGUACCAAGCGUCACUCGCGACGCUGGACAAAUCCUUGGCGGAUAUCCUCAAGUUGUUCCCGAAACAGAACCGGCCAUUGAGCCAAUCCGAAAACUUUAACCUAAAUAUAGACCACACCUUGGACAGGUACACCAGGAGGUGCCAUUUAGUCUUCCAAGAUAAAUUAUUCUAUCAAGAGUUCAUGACUAUACAAUCAGCUCUGACGGGUUUUCUGAAUUCCGUUGAUGGGAUUCUGACCCUUAUUGACGAAACGGAUUGCGAUUUGCUCGAAAAAUGCAUAGAGAAUAUAAUACCGAACAAUUUUGCACGCAACAUGGCCAUGUUUUCGAUAGUGUCGCUGCAGUACUUAUCAUUUUUGAUAAAAAACAAAAAAGUCGUCGAAACUCCAGUCAAUACCGACGUGUCAUUCCGUUCGCCGGCCGUUAACACUGAAAAUGUGUGCGUGGACUACGUCAUACUCGUAACGAUCGAUAAUGUGUCCAGAGCCUUAAGUAUCGAUGAGGUGUGGACUAAGCUUAACGCUGAUAACUACAUGAAUAAAACACAGUCAGCGAUAACCUGUUUGUACGCGGUCCUUAAGUAUUUAGUUAAGGACACCAGACCCCUUAUAUUGAAGUCUCACAUGCCAUACCGGGAUGCGGGUCCCAAGCCCGACAUAAUAAUAACAGGCAAUAAGUUGGCGACGCUCAUAGAGUAUUGGGAGGAGAAUUUCUACACGAGGACAAACAGACGUGUCCUCGGUGCGAGAUAUAAGAAACCGAUUGAAAGUUUAUUAAUCAGUUUGUCGAGGUUAGAAAUAGUGACCAACAUAGCGCUGAUACCGCCCAUAGCUUGGUCCUAUGUUGAAGUCAAAAUGAAGAAUGAUAAUUUGGAGAAAAUAGACAUCCCGCUGCAUCCGCUGCAGGACAUGGAUGUGCUCGAGGCGUUCAUACUCCGGGUGAAUCUAAUCGGUUGGUCCACUAAGAAGCAAUUCGAAGAAAUUUGGGUAGGUUUGUUGGGAGCCUUACAAGGGAACGGUACACACUGGGCUAUCAACGGUAUCACACAACUGCUUCUCACAACGGCCCCCUCCGUUAGGGGACGGAUGAUACACGUGCCGAGGAAAUACGUCAAGAUCAACGAGGGAAUGCAACGGCUAAGGAACAUUUUGGUUGGAACAUCAAUAUAUGAUAUCUUUAGAGACGUGAAUUUAGAACGCGUUCCGCUCAUCAAGGACGGCUUCGACGGCUAUCACCAGGGACAGUUCAGUACUGAAUAUUUGAAGUACGCUUCAGAUAUAUCAAACGAGGCGUCAUACAAAGUACGUAAAGCUGUGAAACGGAAGAGAAAAAAUAAAGAUAUAGAUGUGAACAGCUGCAUACAACUACUGAUGGACGUCACGACCGACAUGUUGGAUCCUAAGUCGUCAACCGGCGUGGCGGGUCGUCUAUACGUGAUCAAGUCCCUGGAGCAUACGUGGUGUGUGGUGUCGUCAUCUUCCCAGUGGUCUCGGUCGGCGGCCCUCCUGUCCCGGGCUCCGCGGGCCGCCGCCGCCGCGCCUCUCCUACACGCCCUCGCCGGCUGUUUCGCUGUACUACAAGGAGACUUCCAGGAGGUGUCCAGUGUUCACGAGAAGCUUCUCAAGUCGUUAUCAUCUGGGGCGGCUGCGGUCCGUCAGGCGGCGCUGAGGGGCUGGCUGUUACAGCUGGCGGGGAGGGGGCCGGGGGACGCCGCUGGGGCGCUCCGGGACAGUGUGAGGUGUGGAGGGGAUAACAGGCUAUCACCACACGAACAGAGUCUCAACUGGUCGGUACUGUUCACACUAGUGGAGCUGGGUCACAGUGAUCUAAUGCAUACAGCUGUUGACUUUGUAUUGAAUAAACCUAGACAUUAUUGUACGGAUCUUGUUGUUAAGGGUAUAACUUCCGUGCUGCGGCAACAAGUCCUGUCGAAGGACCUCAAGAAGUCUAUCAUAGAAAAACUGUUGGACAAUAUGAAGAUGUACUCGGAGCACCACGCGGUUCAGAUACUGAUGGUGCAUUUGUUCUCUGCGGACAGUAAGCUGAUAAGUCCAAGAUUCGAAACCGACGUGUCCAACAUGGACCCGGACGUGCUGAUGAACUCAAUGGAACGCAUAACGCUGCUGUACAAAGUCCUGAAGCAGUGUAAAUAUAGAGAGAAUCAACAGAUCUGUACCGCGACACUGAAAUAUUUCCUGCGAGAGACUCUACCGCCGGCCGCGACUCUGAGUAGAGUCGUGAUAGAGUAUUUGGAGUGCUGCAAGGAAACGGAAAGGCUAAAUAUGACUGCACUCAAAGAAUUCAACAAUAACAUAGAAUGUGCUAUCAUGAACGCUGAUAUUGUGUUCGAGGUAUUCAACACCUCUAUAUCUCAAGAUCAAUUGCCAGUUCUAAGCGGUUGGAUAUUUGAAGCUCUCUGUCAUUUACUCUCAGGGAAGAUAUCACAUAAGCUGGUCCCGUACUGUUUGCUCACGUUAUUGGUGUCCGCAUCCGCCAACGCCAACAUAAGGACGUUACAUCCGCUAACAUAUUACAUAUUCAGACAGGGACUGCAUAAUAAUUCCAUGUAUUUAAGGAAUAACACGGAAGAAAAUGAUAAAAAUGAUGUUUUAACCCCGAAUAGGACUGAUUCGGGCCAAAACUGGGGUAUAUUUGGUGAUUUUACAAGAAAUACGCCAAUGUCGUUCACCGACAGACGUCUUCUAUGCAUAGUGGCUCUGCAUUCAAAUUUCAGCUCCAACCAGUUGGAGAGGUUGAAGCAACUGUGCGAAGGGAACGAGUUUUUGGGAGAUCUGAUGAGAUGUUUAACGGAAUAAGUUAAGGAACGCCGCCUGUAUAGUGAAUAUAUAUUGAUGGUUUGAUGUUUGCAACAAAGAUCGUCUGUUAGGUGGAAUAGCAGUGAUCGACUUAGCGAUCCCAAAAGGUUGUAUAUAUAUUUGACUGCAAAGAAAAUUAUUUAUAUAGGAUCUCUUUUGUUUCGCGUUUUUGUUUCAUAAAUUCCACUCUUGUUAGGAUGAUUAAAAUAUAUUGUUUUUGGUGAAAAGGAAUUUAAAUCACGUGUAUGUUUGUGUAUAUCACAGUGUUUAUAGCUCUGUAACAUUUUUUUUCUUUUCAGUUUAAAUAACAGUGCAAUAUCGUUGUAUAAUGUUUAUUUAUUUUUAUCAUAUAUAAUAUAAUUAUUAUUAUCCAGAACCAGGCACUGUGAGAUUUUUUUUUUUUUUGUAAUAAAUAUUGUUAUUUUGCA